CACCUCCUCUUCUUUCUCCCUUGAAGGAAUUACUUAAGCUAACAGCAGCGGAGCCUGCUAACCCCAUGGCAACCGCGGCAAUAUCUUCCCUAAAACCUCGCCUUCCUCUCCUUUCCCUUCUCCUGAUCGCCCUCUUGCCCUCAGCCAUCGCUCUCUCCUCCUGCUAUGGCCUCUGCAGCGCCUCCAAUGACUGCGAAGGCCAGCUUAUCUGCACCGGUGGGCGUUGCAGCGAUGAUCCAGACGUUGGCGCUCACAUUUGUAGUGGUGCAGGAUCGGCUUCGAAGGAUGAUGAUAAUUGCAGUCCGAACGGAUCUAUGGAGUGCAAGGGGGAGAGCUACGCUACUUACACCUGCUCUCCUCCGGUUUUUGCCUCCACCGAAGCCAUCUUCACUCACAACGACUUCAGUGAAGGUGGAGACGGAGGUUGGCCAUCGAAGUGCGAUGGGAAAUACCAUAAUAACUCGGAGCCGGUGGUGGCGCUGUCGACUGGGUGGUUCAACGACCGACCCCUGUGCUUUAAGAUGAUUAGCAUCACGUAUGACGGGAGGAGCACGACGGCGAAGGUAGUGGACGAGUGCGACUCGAUGAGAGGUUGUGAUGAUGAGCAUGCUGGCCAGCCACCCUGUAGGAAUAACAUCGUCGAUGGAUCUAUUGCUGUCUGGGACGCUCUCGGACUCGACCCAGACGCUACCACGGACAAUGUGUAUGUUACUUGGUCCAUUCCUGAGUAACUUGCCGCCUAACAGCAAGAAUACUUGCAUAUGUUAGAUGGUGCGUGUUAUACAUUGUACUGUCAGAAUAAGCAGCUUCUUAGCUGUUCAGUGAAUCAUGGUUCUACUUUUAUCUUUGCAUGGAAAUCAGAUAUGACUUUGUGGAA